GCUCUUUGCUGCUUUAAUUGGGUAUAGAAAAAGGGCCGCGUCCCCUCGGUGCUCACUGGCCUUCUUCCCAUCAGCUGCAGGGAAACUGCGUUUGCGGAAAAAAUAAAGAAGACACCGAGAAUGACCGAGUGCGACUGGGAUAAGAAAAGUACUUCAGCUUCAAAUCCAGACACAGAAAUGAAACCUGAACUGCCUCCUUGUGUGAAUCCUGGCAAUCCGGUGUUUUCAUGUAUGUUGGAUCCAAAGACACUCCAUACGACUACCUCACUAUCAAAACCUAAGAUGAUUAUGUAUAAAACGAAUUCAAGUAAUUACGGUGAAUUUUUACCUAUGCCACAGUUUUUCCCCUGCUAUUAUACUCCAAGGGAGCAAGUAUUUUCUAGUCAUAUCAGAGCGACUGGAUUUUAUCAAAAUAACACUCUGAACACUGCACCUGACAGAACAAGAACCCUUGAUUUCCCUAAUUUUCAACACACUCUAUGAAAGUGUGUUACUCUUAAAGAGAAAAUAUAUUCAGGAAAAAUGGGUUUUAAAUCUAAGACUAGGAUAUCUAAUUUGAAAUAUAAAAAAGGCUUGAAGUAAUUUUUAAAAAUACCUUUGACAAAUAAAGCAUUUCAACUGAUAAGUGAAUGACAGUGACUUCUUAAAUCAAAAUGUGUUCAAAACAGAA